AUGUUUUGAUUUUUGGCUGCUGCUUUUAUCUCUCUCGGUCAUCUCUCACUCUGUAGGUAGUGUAGUAGUAGGGUUUUGGAAAAACCCCAAAACGUAAUCCUCCCCAUCUCUUCAGGCUUGAAUUUCAGAAGGUGCUGAGCUUUGAGUGUAAUGCAUUCUAUAAAGGGUAGUUGGGUUGGGCAGACAUUCGCCCUAGCUAAAAAUAAUGAAUCUGAAGGAAGGAGGUCCAGAAUUCGGCGUUCAAAGGAAGAGAGGAAGGCAAUGGUUGAAUCCUUUAUAAAAAAGUAUCAGAAAAUAAACAAUGGGAGUUUUCCAUCACUUAAUCUGACCCACAAAGAAGUUGGUGGGUCUUUCUACACUGUACGAGAAAUUGUUCGAGAUAUAAUUCAGGAAAAUAGAGUGCUUGGUCCUGCUAAGUUUACUGUAGAGGAGCAGCAGACCAUUGAUCAGUUUUGGGAACACAAUCCAUUGGGUACCAUUGCUGCAGAACCACAAAAUACUUUGUCAAUAUCAUCAAAUGAAUUGCUGUUCGUCACCAAUCAAAAUCAGGGUGUAAUUGAACAACUUGUUUUCGCUUCCGAUGGGCAUUUAGUUGCACCUGAACAUCAGAUGUUUGAGAAUGGACGAAUCAUCAAUGGUACUCAAGUAGAAGUGAAUGACAAAGAAUUUAAUGAACCCAAAAGUACAGAGUUACAAGCAAAUGGACCUGUGGAAAUAGAGAAGCAUGUUGCUGUUGAAUCUAUAGAUUCUAAUGGGCAUUGUAUUGGUCCUGAAUAUCAGAGUUUUGACAAUGGACUAAUCAAUGGUAGCCAGAUAGAUAGGAAAGAUAAAGAAAGGGAGGAACGAAUGUGCACAGAACUGCAAACAGUUGAACCUUCGGAAGCAGAGAAGAAUGCUGAAGACGUUCGGGCAACAUCCAAGUCUAAUGUGAAUCCUUUAACAGCAGAUGUGAUAGUGGAGACAUUCCCAUUGAAGCCAGUAAAUGCGACACCUGAGGGCUUGGAUGGAAGGUUACAAGAAGUAACGGAUUUGACUAAGUCUUCCAAGGACAAGGGAACUAGAGGGAUGGAGUUAGCUGGUGUUGAUAGUUUGCAAGUGGAUAGAUUAUAUUCCAUGAAGAGCAUGGAUGAUAAUGUAGCGAUGAAUCUUUCAAGUCCAUUGGUUGAAAACAAAUCCAGCCCAGUGGAUGAAGCACUAGGAAAUGCCAUAGAUCCAUCAGUUGAAAGCUCAAGUUACUCAACCUUUAAUGAAGGUAUUGUGCAUGAAACAGGAAGCACAGACCUUAAUGUCAAAUCACCUCAUAAAGAUGUUCCAACCUCUGAGAUCUCUAACCAAAACCAGCUGACCGCGGGAACUAAGGCUGACAAAGCUCCAGAUAGCUUACAUACAAAGAUUACCAACGGUACCAGUGGUAGUAGUGAGCAAUCGAAAACCAAAGAGGUGGUUGUGAUUGAAGAUGAAGUUGAUGUCCAGACCAGCGGUAGCUUGAAGAAGGGAAGCAAACCAACUUUGGACAGAAUUAACCUUGAAUCAUGGGAAGGUGCAUCUAAAAAGACCAGACCAGAAGGUAACCCACUUUGGGAUGUAUUUAAAGCGUUUUUAGACGCCCUUGUGAAAUUCUGGUCCGAAUGAACUUAAGGUAUAGUCUCAAACCUUGCUAUUGCUGAGUGAGCAAAGAGUAGUGUACCUGUCAGAUCAUUUGUGAUUUCACUUGGGUGAUCCUUAUUUAAUUGUGUGGUCUUUCACUAGAUUAUCCCUUUCUCUUGCCCAUACUUGACAUGGCUCAUACGUUACUUCAUCUUUUCGUCGAUGAUCUAGAUUACUGGUUAUCAUCUCUA